AGAAGGAUCAAUAGAGAAAAGAAAGCAUAGUAUAAGAAGACAGGAAAUGAAAAGUUCUUGCUCUUCAACAUUGGCUCAGGACAUGCAGUGUGAGUUGGAUAUGAAUCUGCUUUGCUGGGGUAGUGGGGAGCUUGGCCAGAGUGGACAUGGCAGGCCAGGGGAGAUCAAUCCAGAGAAGGCCCAUCUGCGAGAGUUCACAAAGGCACGGCUGGGCAGAGUGAAGCUACUGGCGUGUGGAUCGAGUCACUCCAUUGUGGUUACAGUGGACAGCAAGAUCUUUGCUUGGGGAAAUGGCACCAGUGGACAGCUGGGUGACGGAGAGAGGACAGUAAAGUACCAGCCAGUUGAGGUUAAGUUGCCACAGGAACUGACCACUAAAGGAAGCGACACAGAUUUGGAUGUCGUCAGCAUAGUUGGUGUGGCCUGUGGAAGCCGACACUCCUUCAUAUGGACUGAAACUGGACAAGCCUACAGUUUUGGGAACAACUUUUACGCACAGCUUGGCUAUGACUUCCAGAGGCUUGACUUCAAAGAGCACCAGCUGGCACCGCAUUUGUUCCAGAAUCUUCCAUCGUCUCUGAAAAUAUCUCAAGUGGCCUGCGGAGAGCGACACACUCUGUUUGCGCUGGAGGACGGCAGUGUGGCGGCAUGUGGGCACAAUGAUUAUGGACAAAUUGGCAGUGGUUCUGAUGAAACUGUGGUUGUCCCCCGCUUUGUUGAGCGCGUGGACCAUGUGUCGAAGGUCACCUGUGGGGCAAACCACAAUCUUGCACUGACAGGUGACGGCAGGUUGUUUCAGUGGGGCUGUGGACGCGCAUGUGGGAACGUAAAGAGGAACAUCCUUUUUCCAGAGGAAGUGACGCCACCAAGCUUGCCAGUGAGAGACAUUGCUGGAGGAUGUUGGCAUAGCCUGCUUCUAACAGAUGGUGGGAAUGUCUUCUCCUGGGGGAUGGGGCAAGAGGGACAACUUGGACUUGGGGAGGACCGAAUUCAUAUCUCCUCUCCUCGUCUUCUCAGCUGUUCUCAGCUGGCUGAGGUCACACGGAUACAAGCAGGGGACAGCUACAGUGCAGCAGUCACAGCAGGAGGAGAGCUGCUUCUCUGGGGUCAGAUCCCAUGUGCAUCCCGGAUCAGUGAUCAUCCAGGCCUCAAAAAACUCUGGACUCCGCGGCCAGUUCCACUGGCAGGCGAAAAGGUGUGUGAUGUGGCCUGUGGUACCUGGCACAUGAUGGCCCUCACCACAAGGAGCAGAGAGGAGAACAGAGAAUGUGCUCGCUCAGAAACUGAAGCUCGCUUCGAAGACCUUGUCAGCAAUCCCCUACCGACGGAGCACACAGAGAAAGAAAACACAGUGCAAAGGCUAAAGGCCUCCACAAUCCUCCAGGACCGCGCCAAGCUAACACGUCCUGGACCUGUUUCUCCAGUGAACGCACAGGGAGGAAACUUAUAUCAGCCCUCCAUCAAACUCCUGGACACCAGACAGGUUCACCACAAGCUGCUUCACGGUCUAGAGAGACCAGAGGGCUCUGAGGAGCAGGCGAAGGAUGACGAAAGUGAGAGUGCUGAGGAAGAAGAAAGACAUGAAGAAAGACCAAACAAAGAUGAGAGAGAUGGAGCGUUACACGAUUCAGCAUCUGCCAUUGCCAGGUCUUCAACGGGGAUGGACAGGAGAGGAAAUGGCCGCUCAUCAAUCAAAUCCGACCAAGGGGAUGAGAGAGAGAGUUACAGGACAGCGGGGCCAUGGGAGUCGAUGAAAGAGCCACGUAGAAGCAGAGAUGUAGUCUUCACCACUUUGUAUGUUUUACCCAGGUCAGAGGGAGAGCAGUGCAGGCCCGCUGCCAGCAGCUUACCCUGGCUACUGACGGGACAGCAAGCUCAUGGCAGAGUUUUAGAUGAGGCUCAGAAGGAGAGAUCUGCACAUCUGACCAAACUGGUCCAAAAGUCUGGAAGUUACAGCAGCAUUUUGCAGAGUCCCAGGCUCAAACCCAAACCCAGACCUCCUCAGAGAACUCCAAGUCCCGCGGAUCAGAGUGUAGCCUCUUGUCACCGUUCAAGAAUUAGACCGCACUCUGGCCUCAGGUCUCCGAUUUGCAAUUCUUCACCCCAUCUGAGCCAUGGACAGCAUGCUCAGAUGUCCUCCCCUUUCUUCCACCCAGGACCACAAGUUGAAACCUCUCUUUCUUCAACUCCUUCCUCUUCUGAACUAUUCAGGUACUGUCCUACGCACAGAAGAGUGGUUUCUUCCUUUAGCAUUUCUCGGAAGAAUCUAUAAGAACCAAAGAUCCAGGUGUGUCUGCCAGCAGAAUUUAUGUACAGUGUUUAAAAUGUGUAUUCAUCAUUUUAUUUCAGGUUGUGUGAACUAUUUGGAAUCAAAAUACAUUCAUUGUGUAGCCACCCAGAUAAUAGACAGCUUAUCCAAAAAGUCAUCAGCAUCAAAAGCAUUUUUACCCAACAGCCUCCAGAAAUGACAGGCCAUACUGAGAGAAUGUGCACUCUAUUAUCUACUUAAUAAUACUUUACUUUAGGCCGCACACAAAGCUAAAUACUUGUGGCUCCAAGGUGACUGACAAAAUGUCUCUUUUGCUCUGUAAGAGCCCUCCAAAGCAGACUCCAGAUCAGCAUUAAUGGGCUCCACUUUACCCCACACUGUGAUUAUACUCUGAAUAUACUGAAUAUACUCCUCUUACAAACCAUCUCAGUCAACGAUACUAAUGAACUUUGACCUCAUCUGAAAGCAUUAGACUUUGGUCUUCCAGUGAAAGCUGCAUGUAGGAGCUGCGGAGGCCUUGAAUCAGCACAUUUUAACAUAACUUCAGAGGUUUGAGUAUUUGCUUCUUCUUUUCUUUUUUACCCUACACAUUACUACAUACUACCAAGCUGCAUUCGUUUUAGUACUUACAGUAUGUUGUUUAUUAAGGACAAAGUGCCCUCUCAGAUCUUGGCCUCUUGUAAGACAUUUCACGGUGGAGUGUUUUCAUGGCGUCUCUGCAGUAUGAAUCACAUGUGCAUGCUACUAUGCCUCUUUUGAGUGUGAGGAGUUAUUGCAGAGAUAAAACUAUAUGAUGAGGUUUCUUAAAGUAAAGCAGCAUUGUUACAGGAAACAUAGCUUCCUUUGAUUCUGCUUUACUCUUUUUUGUGUUAUUUGUUAUGUUUCUUAAACAGAGGUCCUUCAUUAGCUUUGCAGUGUAUGCAAACUGGUUCUCUGCCACAGUGCAGACCACAACCACAUGGCAAUUCCUCUGAUCAGGGUUUCAUUAUAAGUGGCGCAUGCAAUGUUUUUUUCAUUAUCCACAGUACAUUUAACAAAAGGGACCUUUUGUCAAUAACUUGGCAACAUGUUGGCAGCGUUGGGGUAGACACAUCACUCAGUAGCCAAUGUAUCCAAAUGAAUACCACUAGUAAUGCCGUAAUCAUUUUGAGCACCGACUUUACAUUAUGAAUCACAGUUGCUAUUACUUCUGUUUUCUUUCAUCAGUCAUUUCACAAGGCAUACAUAUGGACAUCAAAGCUAUUUAUUACCUUGACCCAAGUUUUUAAAGGUAAAAAAGGAUGCUGAUGUUGAGUUUGUGAACCUAAGCAAAGGUAUUUAAAGGGGUAUUGACUUGCUGCUCCAGGAGGGUCAAACAAUAAACGUUCUUUUAAAUUGAGUCUCAGAUUUGCUUUCAUGAGCACCGAACCCAACACUGACUACAUACAGGCAUGCAAUACUGAUGGCAUUGAGACAUCCGCCCUCAUUUCACUCCAUUGUCUCCCACACUCCCUAUAGUUUGUUUUGGUGUGUGUGAGUAAGUGUUGGUUGUGUGUAUCACGUCUUUGCCCUGCGAGACUCCUGCCAAUCGAUUCAAGGUGAGACCUGUCGAUUAAACACCCUGAGCUGUGCUCUCUACCUAACCCCAGGCUGAUUCAAUCCCACCCCUUGCACACACGCACACACCCGUACACAAACACAUGCACGCACACACACCCGCCUCACCUGUCAUCCAUCAAUAUCUCCAUCUGGGCCUCUAUUGAUCCCCUCCAUCCAGCCUCUUCACCCCGUGCAGUACAACAUCAGGGCCAAAACGACGUCCGCGCAGGUUUAAUUUCUGACAGAUUUACAAUAAAGCUCAAGUUAUUAUUUAACUCUUCCGGCCGCAGUGUGCUCUUUGAUUUAGCACCCUGGGAGAGGAUGAGUUACAGCUGACACAGAGAAUCUGCCGGGGCUGGAAUGGUAGGCACCCGGUUCAUAACUCAGCCGCCGAAUGUGUAGUUAGUCAAUCACUUGAUCUGUAAUCACAAAUGCUGCCAGAAAUUACAUGAGUGAUGAGCUGUAAUAAAAGCACUUACUUUUCCUGCUCUGUCUCUUAAGUGUUAUUGGCAGACCCCUCUCUCCCAGGAGGCCGUGGCUGUGAAACAAAAUCCCGAUAUAAACUGCCUCAUUGGUCCCUGCCUCACGCUCUCUCUCUGGUGUACUGUAUGUGUGUGUAUGUGACUCUUCGUGUGUGUGUGUGUGUGUGUGUGUGUGUGUGUGUGUGUGUUAAUGCAGAGUGCUCCCACUACAGUGUAAUACAAAGCUCUUUUUGACAGUCUUUCUUCCACUCUUGGAUUGCCUUGCUUCAGGACAAAUGAUCCUCACUCCAGUAAAGACAGUCAUCCGCAUCUCUAUCAUUUAUAAUCUCUAAUGUCUGCAGAGGUGCAGGGAAAAACAAUUCCCCAACAAUGACAGCUUUUAAACAUACCUGGUACUAUUAAUUGGUCGGUAAAAUGCAUCCUAUACAUGUAGGUUUAAAUGUUUUGCUAGGCAGUAGUCUGUCGCUGCUGUUAAAACUUUCCCCACCUGGCUCUCAUCUCGUCCCAGAUGAGUUAUGAUGGAUCACCGAUAUGACCUUAUGUACAGGUAAUCAAACAUCUCAGUACCACGACACAAACCUUUCUUCAACUGUCUGUGACUCCCAGCUCCAUAGCCUUUGGCAGGAGGUCAUGCGUGACAGUUUUAUUGAUACGGACCUUAGUAAUAAUUACACAGCGUCUUGCAUGCACUAUUGAUCAGGCCUAUUGAUAAAAUCAUAUUUUACUGUAAAGGUCUGUUGAUUUGAUGCAUUACAGCAUAAAUCUCUCCUCACAAGCAGCUGAUUUGGAACUCCUACUGCCGAGUGAUGGAUGCUCCCGCAGAUAAACACACACACAUAUACACACACAACUAUUUAUAUCUAUUGCCUGAAUGGGGCGGUAACAGACACAGGUUAAAGACAGACAGAGAUGUAAUGAUAUCCGUAUCUUUAGUCCAUCCAUAUAAAUAUACGAUCACAUAGAGAAGACAAGUGGGAUCCGCUAUCCAGCCCAGCUCAUAUGGUGUAAUAUAUAUAAGCAAGGGUGUUUAUGGAGUCACUGCUCCAUCUUAUCAUGAUUUGUAUUGUCAGCAGGGGCUGAAUCUGCAUGGUGGUAAUAGAUUCUGAUGUGGUUCAAAUGCCCUGUGGUGAAUGGGAAAUAGAGAUGAAUGUGACAGAUCAUACAGAACUUGUCCUGUAUAUAAACGGCCUUUAGAACUGUU